AUGGCACACCUUCAGCGGCACCGGUUGGAGUCAGUGAGUGACCACAGUGGACCGACCAGCUCGUCGAGCAAGUCGGACAGCUCGGAUGGGUCCGCCUCGGAGAUCUGCGAGGUAAUGCAGGAGUGGUCCCUGGACGGUAGUGACGCGCAGUCACAUCCGCUGCAGCUGCACCAUCUCCAGCAGCAGCAACUGCAGCGCCAGCAGCAACAGCAGCAGCAGCAACAUCAUCACCAUCACCAUCAUCACCAUCAUCUUCAUCAUCAGCAUCGCACCACCCAACAGCAACACCAUCACUCGGCGGCUGCCGCCCAUUUGCUCGCCACUCACGAACAUCUUCACGUGCGUCCACAGCACCAGCACCAACAGCAGCAGCAGCAGCAACACCUGGCCGGACUCAUCCCGUCGCCGAACUCGAGCUACACCCAGGAGGACGACGUCGACGAGCAGGACGUGGACGAGCUCGAGUACAGCAAGCACGACCUCAUCAGCCUGGACAACGGCGUCAUCACCGACUACGAGCGGGCCCAGAUUGAGAGCUUCUUCAGCGGACUCGGCACCGAGGUGUACGUGAGUUCAUCGCUGGCCAAUCUGUACGAGCGUGUCGGCAAGGAGGACUGGCGCCUGGUGUUCACCGGCAUUCCGGUGCUGCUGCACGACAAAGGCAGCACGCGGUCCCGCUGCACGCCGAGGGUAACGUUCGUGCUGGCCGAGCGCGGCACGUGCUUCGCGCUGUGGAAGGACACCAUCGACAACCUGUCCGACUACAAGGUGGCCGCCGCCGCCUUCCACACGAUGUGUCUCUCGGCAGAUCAUCGACAAGUGAUCGGAUUCAGCUUCGACUCGAACCAGGCCGCCCGGGAGAUGUGGGUGCGGGUCGAGGAGCUGACCAGCAAUCCGGAGAAUAUCGCGCUGUCGGCACCGGGACGCAAGCGGAAGACACCGAAGCGCGCCAAGCCGAUCGUGCUGCCGCCAAAGUCGCAAAUCUCCCAACCGUGCCAGUUUAACCACGUUACCAGCGUUACGACGGGCGAUACGCAGCGUUACUUUAGCCUGCAGGCGUUCGUUUCGGCACCAGUCAAACAUCGUAGUCCGUAGAUGCGUUUGCCUGAAACGACUAAACUGGUUAAUCCAUUCAGCAAGUGGCACACGUGGGGGCAAAAGAAAGGAAUCGACGAACAUAUUCAUCCAUGACUCGAACCGGUCGAGUGAAUCGAUUAAGCCGAGACACAGUUACUCGUCGAACCAGCGACAGUUGUGUCUCGGGUUGAUCGAAUGCACCGAGUUUAUUUUCAAACUCAUCUAGAUGAUGUGAGUUGGGUGAUUUUUUUAUUAGUUUAUUUAAGCAAAGAAGAACUCAUUUUCCAUUUUCAUCGACAUUUCAAAAACAAAUACGAAACAUAAAACAAAACUCGUUUAUUUCUGCACCGCAUGCGAAGGGGAAAGUAAUUGCAGCACACUUUCUGCCGGAAUGUAGCUGUGUCCGAUACAUGAACACACAAUCCGAGUUGAUUACUCGACAUUAAUCGAUGGUUUAAAAUUGUACUGUAGGUUUAAGGUUUUAUCUCUCCUCCAUGCAUGAAACUUUGAGAAGAAGGAAGGCGGAAAACGGCGCGUCCUCGGACGUUAUUUUGCACAGUGCUAAUAGCUAGACGACUGCAGUGCCACAUUUUGUAGAUGCUUAAGAGGAUAGGGUUUAGGCGUAGGAAAAGAAGAAAAAAAGGAAACUGAACCUCACCAAACCAACCAAGGUUAGUAGGACGAAAAGAAACACACAAAAAUACCUGCUAUCAGCAGAGCGUGCGUAUAUUCGCGAGCAAACUACCCGGGGCUUCGGUACCACAUCCUGGGCCUGAGCGAAUGGUCAGUUUGUAUAUGUGUGACUGUGAUAAGGGAUAAGAAACACACGCAUCUGCAAGGGCGAUGAUUUGAGUCGCGAAUUGAAAAACACGACACGAAACGGGAUGUUGUUAGUCGCUAAGGAACCAUUCUUACAUUCACUUAGAAACAACAAAAAGAAACUCAACUAAAACACACUGAAACAUGGCUUCUAUCACUGUUGCGAUCAUGCACGGUGCGCAAAUUAUAAAACUUCUAUCAUCUCUUUUUCUAUGCAAUUCAAAUGCAGCAACACAUCUAGCGUUUAAUUGUUGUUCGUGUUAAUUCGAAACCGCAUAAAAGAAUCGGAGUUUUAAACACAAAAAAUCAAAAUGAAAACACCUCUUAACGCUAGCGCCACAUACAUCAGCAAGAAAGGAUAAUGAUUCCCCCCUCCGCUAUCAUCGAUCAACUUUCUCUACCCGAUGAACCCGUUGUAUUGAUAAAUGUAAUUGAUAAGAGUUUGAGUAACAAUUAAGAGUGCUGUAAAUAUUUGCAAAAGAAAACAAACACACAAAUCUUACAUGUAGUUCAUGAUAUGAAA